CGCAAGCAAGAGGACAAGAACGGAAACGGAAACGGCAAGGGGAAUGCACAAUCUAAGCCUUCAGCACUUGCUCGGAUAAAGAAAGUCGCAUGGUGGUCAGCGAUGGUGGGCGCGUCGAGCGCUGCGGGUGUGCUCCUCAUUGGCGGGGCCAUCUUCUUGCACGACGCGUUCACGUAUACGGAUAGACAUGUUGAUCGCGUGCCGGUGAAUCCCCUUGCGUUGCACCCCGAAACGGGUGGUCCGAAGAAGCUGCCAGUCGCGAAAGUGCUGGUUAGCGAUGAAGAAGAUGAGGUGAAUAAAAAGCUGUCUACAAAGCCACGGCUUGUUAUUGUUGGUGGAGGAUGGGGUGCUAUGGGUAUUCUCAGUUCUCUUCAGUCUGGCCAAUAUCAUGUCACAUUAAUCUCACCGGAAACGUUCACGACCUUCACACCGCUUCUUCCGUCUGCCGCCGUCGGCACUGUUCAAGUCCGCAGUCUCAUUGAACCUCUUCGCAAAAUUGUCGCGCGUUUACACGGACAUUACAUCGCCGGCAAAGCCGUCGACAUCGUCAUGAGCGAGCGACUGCUUGAGGUGGAGACGACCGGUCCAAAUGGCGAGAAGCACAAUAUCUACGUCCCGUAUGACAAGCUUGUCAUCGCAGUUGGCUCGACUUCGACUACGCAUGGUGUAACCGGUUUGGAACAUACAUUCCAAUUGAAGACGGUCCCAGAUGCACAGGCAAUUCGGCGCAGGAUAUCGGACAACUUUGAGACUGCUAGUUUACCGACGACGACUCCCGAAGAACGGAAGCGCCUACUCAGCUUUGUCGUUUGCGGUGGCGGACCGACUGGUGUAGAAACAGCUGCAGAAAUCUACGACUUAUGCCAAGAGGAUAUUUUAAACUACUAUCCAAAAUUAUGCCGAGAAGAGGUUUCGAUCAGCUUGAUACAGUCAAGGGAGCAUAUCUUGAACACAUAUUCCGAAGCUAUCUCCAAAUAUGCUGAGAACAAGUUCAACCGGGAUGGUGUCAAUGUUAUUACCAACGCUCGUGUGAAAGAGAUUCAACGCGAUAGAGUUAUUUACACAAUUAAGGACGGAAACAAGCUUGUAGAACGCGAGAUGCCCUCGAAUUUCGUACUAUGGUCUACGGGUAUCGCGAUGAACCCAUUUACCCGUCGCGUUUCUUCUCUUCUGCCGAACCAGGUGCACUUCAAGGCGAUUGAAGUUGACGCUCAGUUACGUGUCAAGGGAGCACCGUUAGGCACAGUUUACGCAAUUGGAGAUGCUAGUGUGCUGGAGACCAAUAUUGUUGGCCACCUCCUGGAACUGGUCGAUGAUGCGGACAGGAACCACGAUGGGAAAAUUGAUCUUGAAGAGUGGAAGAUUAUGGCUGCGCAGAUCCGAAAGCGCAUGCCAAUGACCGAAAAUCAUUUACAGAAAGUCAGGGACCUUUUCGAACGAUACGACACGAACAAUGAUAACAGCCUCGAUUUAAAUGAGCUGGCACUUCUUCUGCAAGAAAUUAGUAGUAAGAUAACGCCUCUCCCGGCUACCGCCCAGGUCGCCUCUCAGCAAGGAAAAUACAUCGGCAAGAAGCUGUCCAAGCUUGCACGACAAAAGGACAUUCUCGCAGCGAACGACAUUCCCUUCACUGACGAAGCUGUCAGCGGACCAUUCCGCUACGCACACCUUGGCAGUCUCGCGUACAUUGGGAACGCGGCUGUAUUUGAUUUUGGUAAUCGUACCUUUAUGGGUGGUCUCGCAGCGAUGUAUGCAUGGCGAAGCGUGUAUUGGAGCGAACAGGUUUCGUCACGGACGCGCGCGUUGCUCAUGUUUGACUGGAUUAUUCGUGGAAUAUGGGGCCGUGAUAUUUCACGACUCUAACUGUACUUUAGAAACGUUGCAAGAGGUUGUAUCGUCUCCUGCAUUUCUAAUAUCUUAUUUAGAACGGACUAUCUGUUGCUAUUCACUGUGCGAAACGCAGUUGGAGGAAUGAUGUUCUUUUGUUUGUUUUCCGCGCGCCAUUCCAACCUGUACAUCAUCG